AUGCCGGGCUUUAUGGACGUCGUUUCCCAGGCUUGGAAUAAGGCCUCGUCCCACACUCAGCCGAUCCACAUUGUCAACCACAAGCUCAAGCUCACCGCCUCCCGCCUCCGCUCUUGGAGCAAGCUUCUCUUCUCCAACUCCAAGCUCCUUCUGCUCAUGGCCCUCGACGUCGUCUUCCAGCUCGACGUCGCUCAGGAGGAUCGUCCGCUUUCCCCGGAGGAGCGCGGUCUCCGCUCGGAUCUCAAACGCAGGAUCCUGGCGCUCGCCUCCCUCGAGCGGGCGCGAAAGAAGCAGUCCGCCACCAUCGCGUGGCUCAAGGAAGGGGAUGCUAACUCCAAAUUUUUCCACAUUCGAGCUAACGGCCGUCGCCGAAAGAACCACAUCCAGAGGCUCCUUGUUGCAACAGCUGGACCAGCGCCUCGCUCGCUCGACCUCAACUGGGCGGCCCUCGACCUUCAACAGCACGACCUCGACGACCUCGACCUCCCUUUCUCGGAAGAGGAAAUCCUCAAAGCCAUCGUCGAGUUCCCCGCAGAUAAGGCCCCGGGUCCGGACGGGUUCACGGGCAAUUUCUUUCGUGCUUGCUGGCCCAUCAUCAAAGACGACAUUAUGUGCCUCGCCAACGCGUUCGGGAGACAAGAAACCCACAAUCUCCACAUUUGCAACACGGCCAACAUUGUCCUCAUUCCCAAAAAAGACGGCGCCGAUUCGAUCUCAGACUACAGGCCGAUUAGCCUCAUUCAUGCCAUGGCCAAGAUCCUCUCUAAGGCGAUGGCGUUGCGCCUGCGCCCCAAGAUGCAUGAGCUGGUCUCCCUUAGCCAAAGCGCCUUCAUCAAAACUAGGAGCAUUCAUGACAAUUUCAUGUUCGUCCGUGGCAUGGCCCGCAGACUGGAUCGGUCCAAGUCGCCCACCCUCCUCAUCAAGCUCGACAUUGCCAAAGCUUUCGACACUCGUGUCCCCCUCAACGGGUCCCCGGGUGAGGCUUUCUGCCACGGGCGUGACCUGCGGCAAGGCAACCCGCUUUCCCCACUCCUGUUCAUCCUGGCCAUCGACCCGCUCCAGCACAUCCUCCAGCUGGCUACGCAAGAGGGCCUGCUUAGUGAGCUCCCCGGGUGCCUUGCCUCGCGCCUUCGCUUGUCUCUAUAUGCCGAUGAUGCGGUGAUCUUCCUCUCGCCUACUGCCCCUGACGUGGCCAACUUGUCAAACAUCCUCCAGAAUUUUGGCGAGGCUAGCGGGUUGCGGACGAACGUCGCGAAGAGCUCCAUCGCCCCGAUCCGCUACGACGCCGCCGUCCUGGAUGAAAUCCUCGCAGGCUUCCCCGCGGUGAGGCAUAUCAUUGACAAGGCGGCCGGAAGACUGGCAAUCUGGAAGGGCAAGUGGCUCACCCGUGCGGGCUGCCUCACGCUGGUCAAGUCUGUCAUGACCUCUAUCCCAAUCUUCACGCUUUUGGCCAUUCGCCCUAGCAAGAGGGUUCUGUCUGACUUCGAUAAGCUCCGCCGCAACUUUCUGUGGAGCGGCGGCGACAAGGCCUCCGGCAGGCACUGUAAGAUCAACUGGCAACGUGUGUGCCGGCCGAAGAACCUGGGCGGCCUGGGCAUCCUAAACCUCGAGAAAUUCUCGCGGGCGCUCCGUCUUAGGUGGCUGUGGAACUCCUGGACUUCGCCCGACAAGCCGUGGGUGGGCCUCGAUCUCCCGUGCGAUGAUAUCGACAAAAGCCUCUUUGAUGCCUCCACCAAAAUCACUAUCGGCAACAGGUGCACAGCUUCGUUUUGGUCCUCGGCCUGGCUCGACGACCAACGGCCUAAAGAUAUCGCCCCAAAUCUUUUCCGGGCCGCCCGCCGCAAGAACCGCACGGUCCGGGAGGCUUUGACUCCCAACCAAUGGGCUACCGACCUGAACCUUGCUUCAUUCACCCCAACCCACAUCAGGGAGUUCAUCGACCUCUGGAUCAGGCUUCAGAACCGUGUGCUGCUUCCGGAUACGCCAGACAGCAUCGUCUGGACCCUCACGCCGAACGGGAUCUACUCGACCAGUUCUGCUUAUAAAGCACAAUUCUUCAGUGCCACGGCUUGCAACUUCCACCGCCUCAUCUGGUCGUCUUGGUCCGACUAG